AUGGGGAAGAUUCAUCUAAUAGUGCUUGUUCAUGGUUUGUGGGGUAAUAGUUCCCAUAUGGACUAUUUAGUGAACGCGCUAAAGCAGCUCUCGGUUAACAGUAAGGAAAGGCUUGAGAUUUAUUCCACGCAGUUAAACCAGGGAUACCGAACGUAUGAUGGGAUUGAUAUAUGUGGUUACAGGGUGGCAGAUGAGAUCGAGGAGCGGCUUGUCGUUCUAAACAGCGUACCGACAGACGUUGUCACGAAGUUCUCUUUGGUGGGAUAUUCAAUGGGAGGACUUAUAGCUCGGUAUGCGAUCGGGAUCCUUUAUGCAAAACAGAAAUUUCAGAAUUACAAGCUUGAGUUAAUCAAUUUCACUACUUUCUGUUCACCACACAUAGGUGUAUAUGCGCCCGGAACGAAUAUAACGGCGAAAAUAUUCAAUAAUGUGUGCCCUAUGCUUGCAGGGAAUACUGGUCAGCAGUUAUUUUUGAAAGAUAGGGUCCGCCAGGUUGGUAGCAAGCCGUUGGUAUAUAUUAUGAGUAUGGAGGAUUCUGUCUUUUACAGGGCCUUGGAGUUAUUCAAACACAGGUCGUUGUAUGCAAAUAUUAUAAAUGACAAUCGAACUGCGUGGUGGACAUCGGGGAUUUCAAUCAAUAACCCUUUCUUCGACAUUAACAUUAAAAAUGGGGUAUCUAGACUCCAGUUCCUACCUGGAUAUGGGCCUGUUGUGGAUAAUAAUAGCAAGGUGAAAGUUGCAUAUGUUGGAAACCAUUUAAACGAUACCACCUUGUCAUCUGAAAAAGAGAGUAAAAGGCUAUUACACGCCUUCGUGGCCGAUGUUUACGGCUGGUUCGCAGUAUUAAUCAAUUUGUUGAUUUUUACGCCAUUAUACAUUGUUUAUUUGCUCGCUUCCAAUACCGUUCACUCGUUUAACUCUGCAAUUAGAGUUUCUAGGUUUCUGAAGAGGUAUUCGAACAAGUUGAUGAAAGAAUACUUCGAUUCUAGUUACUCAGUGUCUGUCUGCAAUAAUGAAUCAUUGUUCAGAAAUGACAUUAACUGUCUAUAUAACAAACCAUCGGCAGCAACGGACUAUGAAAACCAGAUAGCGCAGUCGUUAGAUGAACAAACAGACACUUUAAUCCAGAGCGUGUUGCACGCUGUUGAGCAUAAGAACUUACUAGGCGCCAAUUUGGUGGAGGGAUCAGAAACUGGUGAUUUAUUCCCAGCAACGAUAGCUGAGCUUGAGACAAACGUCAUAGAAGAAAUGCCAUUGGGUGACAAAGACAAGGAAAUAUUACGUCCUUGCAAAAUAAACAUCGGGCCAAUACAAAUAGAGAUAAUAAAAUCCUUGAACAAACUUUCCUGGAGAAAGUUCCCAAUAUACAUUCGCGAUACCCCUAACGUACAUUCCUGUGCAAUCGUUCGCCACAAUGACCCUAGUUACUGGGAAGGCGAAAUUGUGGUUAGACACUGGUGCGAGCAAGUUUUUAAACUCGACUGA